UGCAAACGUGUACAAAUAAAGAACAUGUCCCAACUCUUUUCAGUCCGGUAUCAAUCAUCAUUCAGUUCACAGCAUUAAGUAAUAAUUUUUCCCUGGAUUAUAACUAAAAUUUUUGCAAUUUAAACCAAACUUUAAAAAUACAAGGGUGGAUCAAGCUGAAAAUAAUUUGGUGGUGAUAAGCUUAGAGAAUGACAAGGAAACGGAGUGUCUAAAAACCGUUCGUGAUUUGAUGGCAGAAAAUGAAAAAUUGAAGCCAACGACGAAAUUCUGGCCGGACAAUUUACUUCUUAUGCUCAUCCGGACAGACGAUUUCAACACUACAAACGUCUUGAGAGUGGUAAUGUCUUUGCAAAAUUGCAUAAUUGAAAAGUAUCCUGACUUAUUUGGACUUAUAAAUCCGUCCGAGUUGAAACCGUUUUUAGACAAGAAAAUUUUCAGGCUGGUGAAGCACGCUAGUCCAAAUAAUCCUGGUGUUGCAACGUUUGAAUUUAAAAGUUGGAAACCAUCCGAAAUCCCGGUAGACCACUUGAUCGCCGUUGCAACGGUGUACGGUCUUCAACUAGGACAAAGUUCCAAAGAUAUCCAAAGAAAUGGGAUUAUCGUAGCCUUGGACGCUGACGGACUUGGGUUUAGCCAUGCCCGCCAAAUUUCAUACGAUGUGGUGAAAAAGCUUCUGUACUGCAUGGUGUACACAUCCCCCAUCCGAAUUAUUGGUUACGUCGUGUACAACAGUUCCUACCUGAUGGAAAAGCUUUACAGCGUGGUCAAAUAUGCGGUGCCGGAGAGGGCGAGGAAAGAUGUUUAUGUUCUUAAAAAAGACCUGACCGCGCUGCACGCGUUGGUUCCGGAUAAACAGUUUUUGCCCACUUCCAUCGGCGGAGAGGUUCCGAACGACCUGGCGUUUCAGGAGGACGCUGAGGAAGCAGCGCUCGACGACCUCACGAUAAAAAAUCUUCUGACCGAUCUGCAAAGAGAGUUUGGAGUGGGGAAGAAGUGAUGUAUUUAGCAAUUUAUUUUCAUAUAUAUAAUAUAUAACUCAGGUUCAAGUUGGUAAAAUAAUGAAAGUUAUUAAACGGUCACAAAUGUUGUGCUCAUUUUUACAUAAAGUUACAUCCAUGUUUACUUAUGCAUAUACAUAUUUAUGUGCAAAUACCGGUGGGACUACAUAUGUGUAAGGAAUAAAUGUGAUAAAUGUACUA